CGCGGACCAAGUCGCGGGAUACUCUCCCGAUAGCAGUAGCAGCAGCAAUAAUAACCCAGGUCGUGGCCGCAGUAACAGGGCAUCUUCAUCUUCUACUAGGGGGACGAUCGGACGGGGAUCGUCGACCACCGCGAGACGAAGGGGACAGACGGAUGCGGCCGCCGUGCUAGAAGCGUUGACGCUAGUAUCCGAGAAGCGCGUGUUCACGAAUAACCGACCGGUGGCAUGCGUCUCGAUCUCGAAGAACUUCAUGCUAGCUGGAUGCGACUUCUCUGCGGCAGUCCUAGAUUCUCAGUGCGAUACAGUUUGGCGCAUAGAUGUCACCGAACGCUGUUUGAGUUGCGCGAUGGACCCCGGCGAUCGACAAUACCCCAGGUACUAGAAGAAGUAGAAUAAAUAUUCUGAGUCAGUAAAAAACAACCGGUUAGCGUUAGCUUCUUCCUCGUAGCAAACCUUAGCCUUCCUUUCAUGAAGUAGUAUGCUAUGGGCUUGGGCUUCUAACAUUCGACGUCUGAGAAUACUGAAUGCAUAGUGAGCUGUUUUCUCUGUAACUCCCGAUGAGCAUACAUUUACAUUUGUACGUUUAGUUAACUCGCAAUAUGCUUACUUGAGUCACGCUCACGCGACCACCACAGGUUUCUCUUGGGUACACAGGGAAAGACGUUGCUAGCGAAGAAACACUCAGUACGGCAGCCCAGCGUGGACGUAUUAAGGCUUGAGGAAAUACAUUUUUACAGGCAUCUUGGUUCCGUUUCUCAAGGGAAAAGGGCGCGAAAGAUGCUGUUGAAGAUGGAUUUCUGCAAGUUCUAAACGCAAUUCACCAAGGCGAGGGAGGAGUGUACGCGGUCAAGUGGGGGCUGAACCAGAUCUGCGCAUGGUCGACGGAACGUGGCGUGAAGCUGCUGCAGGCGAAGACACUCCAAAAAAUAUCCUUCAUUCCCUGUCAGGAACACGAUCCUGCGAUGAUAGUCCUAUCGUGGCUCGACCUCUCAACACUGGUAUGGAUGAGAGACUGUAGCGAGUAGGAAAACCAACAGCAUGAGUAUUUCAUAAGAAACUGCUCCUCAUAGGACGGCGAAAAGCUGCCAUUGCUCGUAGGACGACAAAAAAAGUAUCAACAUAGCUUGUCUGAUGUAUGAAUACUAGUGGUCAUCAACAUUGCAGAACCAGGUUACUUCUAGGAUAUUGACAUUCCCCAUCCCAUUAAUGUGAUCAUUGCACCAGCAGGUGACUAGGUGACUAGUGUCUUUCGUGAUAUUGUUUAGUCUCCCAAAUAGUACAUGUAAGACUAUGCGAGACUCAUGCCAUGCCAUAGCAUACCCAUUCCUUGUGUCUUUCCCACAGCAUACCCAUUCCUUUUGAUUUUUCAAUAUUGUGCGUGGGCAAUUCGGUGGAGCUGAAACUUGCCAAAGUGCGGGAACAGCCGACUGCCAGCGGAGUCGUGCACUACUACUGCGAAGUCGUGUCGACGGUGUAUCUUCCCGAAACGCAGGUCGUGCGUGGCAUAGUCCCGGAUCCGAGGACACACUGCAACGACGUCCUUGUCCUUUCGCGUUCAAGAUAUCCGGAUGAGAAUUAUGGGUACUAGGUUUUAGGCGUUUUUGCUGCCCUCAUUUUUGCCUCUCGUCUUGAGGGGGAAAGAAAGGCAAAAUGAACGUGGAUCAAAAAAACCAAAGGCGUACCUCUAAUGGAAGGUUCCUGAUUUGCUGCACGUGCGCCGUGCUCGAGCCGAUGCUUUGCGCGUCGCUCCUGUGGGUGGUGCAGCGGCGUGGUUCGCUGUAGCUUCUGAUUCACAAGUUUGCGGAGGACAUCAGAGAACUGAGGCUUCCACGUUGAGAGCGACUGGUUCUGACGGGUCGCAGAAUCGAUUCCCAGAGGACGGAUUGUUGACCAGUCCAGUGCUUGAGAGUGGUCCUCGCGUGGAGGGUCUAGAAGGCUUUGUAGAUG